GAGACGUAGACCUGAGCUACUGAGGCUGCGAGUGAGAUGCCGGUGGCAGUGGGUCUCUACAGGCAGUCCCAGCCAAGUUGCUUCGACCAGGUGAAGGUGGGCUUUGUGAUGGGUUGCCCCGUGGGCACGGCUGCCGGGGCGCUCUUCGGUGCCUUUUCCUGUCUCAGGAUUGGACUGCGGGGUUGGGAGCGUGGUAUCGGGAAAACCACGAUGCAGAGUGGCGGCACCUUUGGCACAUUCAUGGCUAUCGGGAUGGACAUCUGAUGCUAAUCAAGGCAACGGUUGUCCACUUCCACCCUGUCCCACCAGUCCCAACCCAUGUGCUAAAAUAAAAAGACUUUGAGUAAA